AUGGAAUAUACAAAGAUUUCUUUCUCGUGGACAUGGUUAUUCUUGUUAUUAUUUACGAUGCUUUGCGCAUCGAUCGAAGCAAAUUCAAGAAAUGUGGUGACGAUGAAGGAAACAUUACCAGUGUACGCGAUCACGGAAUACAUCGAUAUUCUGAAUGCGAGCAGAUGUCGGAAUGAAAUGGAGCAAUUUCGCAAAGCGAUAGAUCACGAUGUGCUGUGGGGUUUAAGAAUGUUGGACGCCAGCGGAGUGCCACCCUGGGGAUUCAUAAACGGGAACAAUUUCUGGCUGGGAGGCAAAAAUGAUUGCAAUUAUAUAUCCAAAAAUUACACGCUGUCCCUGUCGGAGAAAAUUCAGAAGAACAAUUCAUUGUAUCGAAAUUCUAAUGAAGAAUAUCCACCGUAUGAACUUCAUUUCUUUGCCGCCCGUAUGAGACACAACAGUACUGUACAGUACCAUAUAGAAUUAUCGAAGGAAGAUAUAGUGACACUUGGACUUUGCUUACCGGCAUCUUGCACUAAAACUGAGAUAGCCACGAUGAUGGAUAAAGUGUUACAUAAUGAAACUCUCUUGAUUGGACAACUCUUUUCCAUAGGUUUAACACUGGUCGAAAUCACUGACCUCAGAAGCGGUCAUGAAUGGCUUCUCGAAUGGAAUAUAAUAUUCAUUAUAAUCAUAUUGGCCCUGCUAUGUUGUGUAACAAUAAUUUGCACAGCAUAUGAUGGUUUCGUCUACCAAAAACGUAAAAACAAAAAAGAGUUAAUUCCCUUUGAGAAUAACAACGUAUCCGAAUUGAAAAACGAUGUGGAAGAAAAAGGCGAAAAUCAUUGUCAUGAAUUGGUAACGGCCGAGUUGAAACCGCAAAAUAAAAUAAUACGAUUUAUUCUCUGUUUCUCGUGGUUUACGACUCUUAAGCAAAUAUUUCAAAUGGAAGUCGGUUAUGAUGAUAUGCGUUUGUUUCACGGUAUGAAAUUUUUUGGAAUGAUAUGGAUCAUACUGGUGCAUGCACUUUAUUACGCGCAUCAUGCUAUAGCUAACAAGGUAAUCGCAUAUCGGAUGACUGACGAAUUUUUCACGCAAAUACUAAGCAAUGCGACACUUUCGGUGGAUACCUUUUUCUUUACCGGUGGCUUUCUAUUGACGUAUACAUAUUUAAGAUCACAAGGAAACAAAAAGAAAACGUUCAGUGAAUCAGUGACGCAAAUUAUACAAGGGGUCAUUAAACGAUUCAUUAGACUUACACCCGGAUAUCUUGUCGUAGUCAUGAUUUUGAUAUUAAAUUUUACUUGGAUGGAAAAAGUUUCGAUGAUUCCAUCCAGCGAGGAAAUACACGUUUUAUGUACAAAAUAUUGGUGGAGGAAUGUACUUUAUAUAAACAACUUCUUUUCAUGGAAUGAACAGUGUCUCAGCUGGAGUUGGUAUUUGCCCAAUGAUAUGCAUUUCUUCAUUUUUGGUUCAAUUAUUCUAACAUUAAUGAACACACAUUACAAUAUCGCAUUGAGCUUAAGUUUUAUUACAAUAAUUUUAUCGAUAUUUACAUCCGGUUAUCUGGCUUACAGUUAUAAUUAUAUACCUGCAUUGAAUGAACAAUAUGAAAUGUUAACAUAUUUUUAUUUACGUCCGUGGACAAGAAUUCCACCAUAUUUGAUAGGAAUGGGUACAUGUCUGCUUCUUACAAAAUGGAAUUAUAAAUUACAUUUAUCAAAGAAAACAUUAUUCGUUUGUUGGACUUUAGCAAUUUUGUGCAAUUGUUCAAUUUUAUUCGGUCUUGUGAACAAAAAUUUAUCUCUGGGUAUAUCUAUUCUUUAUACAGCCUUAAGCAGAACAGCCUGGGCUUUUGGUGUAGCUUGGUUUGUAGUUGCAUGUUGCACGAAUAAUUGCAGUUUGAUAAAUAAAUUUUUAUCGAAUAAAAUAUUUUUUCCUAUGAGCAGAUUAACUUAUACUUGUUAUCUGCUAAAUCCUGCAAUUAUACUUUCAUUAUAUUCGAUUUCUUCUUAUCCUUUUUUCAUUGAUUACGUCACAAUUGCUGGUAUAUUCCUAGUAGCCGUAUUAUUUAGUUACAUUGCUGCUAUAAUAUUAAGUGCAUCAGCAGAAGCACCAUUUAUAAUGCUUCUGCGAUUGAUCAUCCAAUCGAAAAAUAAAGAAACAAAAUGAAUAUAUAGACAUAGAUAUUUCUAUAAAACUUUUAAUUGAUAAAUCUGAAAAAAAAUCAUUCGUGUAUUAGAACAUUUGGAGAUGUUUAAUAUUUAAUAUUUUUUUAUAUUGGGAAGGAGGAUCAAUCUGAAGAAUCAUUUGCGCAAAAAUUAUAAACGUUUUCUUUUUAUCAACGAGUAUUUUGUACAUAGCGAGCAAAAAAAAGUCAUAUACAAAUAAUUAUAGAUCGCUGAAAGAUAAGAAACAAUUUUUUUCAUGUUAUGAAUGAACCGGCGAAUGUAUCCUAGGUGGUGCCGGUGAUGUCAUUGAUCGAUUUGCUCGACUAGCCUGUUCACGCCGACCUUCUUCCAGUUGUUUUUCAAGUUGUUCUUUUAAAACUAAUAAUUCUCUCGUUCGUUGAUAAACAGGAUCCUUUAAAAAUACAAUAUGGAAGAAAUAUGAAAUAAUUAUUUAAUUUAAUUAAUAAUUUUAUGUAUGCAGAAAUUAAAAUGAUAGAAAUAUUUUAUAUACCUGCUGUCGCAUACUCGGAUUCCAUCUACAAUAUAAACUUUUCCACGGUUUAAUGUAUCUCAUACUAGCGAUUGGCAUCAGAACAAGCUGAUAAUAAGGAGCAGCCCAAUAUAAAGGAUUUUGAUAUAAGGAUAACUGACUGUUCGUAUACGACCAUAACGAAACAGUUUUUUGUUUUACUUGUUCCUGAACUCUUUCUCGUUCACUGUAAGCGUAUUACAAGCUAUAUUUAUAAUAGUCUUACAACGAUCGAUGCAAAAUAUUUAAUAUACCUGCUAAAUAAAAAUGUGCCAAAUCUACAAGAAUAUAGGUGAUCAAGAAUAGUGAUUAGAAAAUGUUCAUUAAACUCAAAUGCAUUAGGAAACUGACGACUUAUUUGCCACACGCAAUCCAUAAAUUGUAAAAAUACUGGAGAUCUGUCUGCAUCGCUAUGAUGUUCGUCACCAUGACCGAUUCUCUAAAAUACGUUAUUAGAAUUAUAGCAUUUUCAAAUCAACAUUGCACAGAAAAUAUUUAAUUAGGUCAGGUAUUGCAGACCUGUUGAAAUUUGUGACCAAAACUAAGCCAUUCUUUUUCUAUUAGCACUUCAAAACCUUUGAUAGUUCUAUAAUAUGGAUCUAACAUUAACAUGGCAAGAGCUGUUAGCUAUAAAAAAUUAUAAAUAUUAAAAUUAUAUUAUAUUUAAAAAAUA